CAUAACUGGCAGCACUACACACGGGUGGUGCCCGGGAUGAUGUUCAUCAACGGGAAGAAUCGAACCCUGUACGCAGGGAGUUGGACGAUGGUGAAUAUGCAUGAGAUAGCCUGCAUUUCGGGCAUUGCCGCGGCCUAUCGCCUGGGAGCGGAGUACCAGCCGUUCGAUGAUUUUGCCGAGGAUUGCUUUGCCAAAUACCUGCUGGUGAGCCACGGGACGAGGUAUAAGCGAGCUGGAGGGACUGGAGCGUGAGGCAGAGCAGAGCAGAGCACCACGGAGUUGGUUGUUGUGGACGCGUGGGUCAGUUGCCUGUCAGUGGUGGGUCUGGCGCGCGGGCCUCACGUCAAGUCUAGCCCCGCGCCCCCGCGUCUCCAUCCAUCCUCCUCCUCAUCCUCCCUCCCUCACCCAGUGGCCCAUCAUGACGGCCAGUCGGCUACCCUUGGAGCUUAUUUCACUGAUUGCCUGGCAUGCUUGGCACGCUGGUGAUCGUCUAUCCGCUUCGACGUCCGUUUGUCGAAAAUGGCAGAUCGCUUUCGAGCCCUUCCUCUACUCAGAACUGUUUGUCUGCAGCGACCAGAUCGAGUUCGCCCUGCACGACACAUUCUUCCCAAACAAUCAGUGGCGAUUGAAUGAAGAACAUGAGCACCUCAUUCUCGCCAAUAAGUUAACUUUCCCCAGGGUCUUCGACGCCGAGAAGACAGGCCACACCCCACUCUCCCUCGCCCAGUUUCAGGCCUUGACUUCUGGCGCGGGUGUCAGGAGACGGGCCUGGUUACGCAGCCUGCGCUUUUGUAUCAUGAUUCCACACUAUAUUGAAGACUGGAAGGCCGUCAAAGAAGACGGUUACACUUACAACAAUGAAGCGCGACGUCAAAACGAUAAAGCAUUCUGCAAAGGCGCUAUUGACCUGUUUGAUUACCUCAGUUCCUGGAGUGCAAACAUUCGUCUCAAGCUCGACUUGAAACUGUUGAGCUACGAGACGUGUGAGGAGCCAGAUACAUUCUGGGUCUGUGAUGCUGAUGAGUUUCACUGGGACUUUCUCGAUGGCCGCGACGAGUCUGUGCGACCGUAUCGAGCUCGGUUCCCGAAUGAUGAUGCAUCUAUUCUGGCGAAUGCUCCGUGUAUCGACCGCCUCUGGUGUUGUAAUGAUCUGGAUGAGGAAGGUAAGCUUGAUUUGAAGCAUCAAGUCUGGGGUGGGACCGUGUUGCAGAUGGUUGAGCAUUGCCCGACCAUCACGGAGGUGCAUUUGGAUCUAAAUGAGCCCGUUAGGCCAGAUCAUGAAGAGUAUAUGCGGCAACGGCGUCAAGCUGUGGCAGAAGCCAUUCCUAAUAUACCGCGUACCUUGAAAUUCUUCGACUACGCGAACCAAUUGGAGAACAAUUGGAUCGUGCCUAUGCCCGGCAUCAAUGUGUUGACCUCGGAAACAGACACGUUCUCCAACAACCUGCGCGAUCUGACAUUCGGUCUUCAGAAACUUAUGAUAGAGCAGACGUCACUAUCCCUUGACUGGCUAUUUCCUCUGGACAAGGACGCCCAACCAGCUGCCGGCACAUCUCAUUACCAUUGGCCUAACCUCGAAAUUCUCGAUCUAGACUCUCUCCCCGAGUUUCUCCCAACGGGCGAGUACCUCUUCCGCUACUCCCGCCAGAAAGAGGCCGAAGUAGCGAGAAUAGAUGACUGGGAAGACGCCAUCUGCGACCGUGAAAUUUGGCCGUGGCCCGAUCGGGAGUUAGUCAAAGACGAGCUCUUCCAGCGCCUCUUCAUCUCCUUGGGCUAUGCCGUCCAACGAAUGCCGCGACUUAUUAGCGCAAGCCACAACUUCAAAGCCCACGGGAGAGAAGAAUGGGAAGAACCCAGGGAAAACAGUUUUUUGUAUCACCAGAGAGACUCUACGGGACCUUUUGUCGCUGAGUGGGUUUCCGAGGGGGGGUAUCAGCCGGAUGAGCGGGUCGCGGCUGCUUGGGGAUUCCGCAUGAAGGAUAUAGAAAACCCGAGCCCGCCGCCCAUGGGAGGUGUUACGUCUGUGGUGAAGUUUUCUUCCAAUCUCUGAAGCCCAUUUGGGCCUACUCGCAGUGUAGGCCCGCGGGUUAACUGGGCGGAUGCCGUUGACCAGGUGAAGACCGCCUUCACCCACUACGUGUAUCUAGAAACCACUGGGCAAUGUACCUACCUACAUGUUGAGUAUACGAAACUUCUCCUACAUUCUCUAUUUCUGAAAGUCUUGACAGAGACACCCAGCUUUACAUUCAUCUCAAAGGUUUUUCUUCUACUCUCGUUCUAUCUGAGGUUGCACUCGAGGAACCCUUUUAUUUCUGUACCCCGGUUCUUGGAUCUUGUUAGUAAAAGACUUGACCUUUGGUAUAGUGGGCAUGUGUCAUGAAUCAAAACUUUCAAGGAUAGGGUAUUUU